AUGAAAGUGAAUUACAAUGGCGAAGUGGCCGCCGAUGAUGGCAGAUCUUCAGAUUUGGUUAGGGGCAAGCGAGAAUCCGAGUCGGAGAAACGUAGAUCUCUGACUUGUUCGGAGAGUUUGGAGGAGUCGCCAACGCAGUCGUCGCCAAUUGGGGGGAAAGGAAAAGGGGAUGAGAUCGACAACGACGAUGGAAUCGAAGCGGUGAGAGCGAAGCUGAUGUUCGAUCUUCAAGUGGCCGCCGACAAGAUGAAGGUUGCUAUUUUCAAGGACAGGGAAGAGGAGGAUUCCUCGAGGCCAUGGAAUCUUAGGACAAGGAGAGCUGCGUGUAAGGCUCCGUCGCCAAGUGGUGGAGGAGGGAAGAGUUUGACGAUCGAGAGGCGAAAGCCUGGUACUUCGUCGUCGAGGACUGAUGUGUCGGCGCCUAGAAGAAGUGAGAAGAAAGAGAGGGCAAAGUUCUCGGUUUCACUUUCUCAACAAGAGUAG